AUGCUUCCGGUCUCGGCUUCCCCCUCCCUGCAGAUGUCCUCCCUGGGCCUCUUGCUGCUGGGCUCCCUCGUCAUGUAUAUGCUCUGCCUACCGUACAAGAAUGAAAGGUGGAACCAGGCCGAGGUUGCAUUGCUGACGGUAUCUUUAGCAAUGAUCUUUGCCAUCGUGGCUCUUCUCGCCCGCGACCUCCAUUGGGGCCAGAGUGACAUCGUGCAGGUGAUUGUGAUCCUUUUUGUCACAAUCAUUGCGGCGGGGACUUGCGGAUUCCUCUCUUUUCUCACGCUCCGCAACCUGGUGCUGGAGCACUCGGCUGCUGUACCGAAGUCCAGUUCAGGAACGACGAGACGACGUUCCGGAGCACCUCCGCCACCGAAGCCGCGAGGGUCUCCGGCUGCGCUCUCACAGAUCCAAUCCCCUGCAUUGGUGCUGAAGCCUCCUGACCUGCCGCCAGGGAUUCACGUGUCCCAUGCGCAGAAACCUCCAGCCACGUUGCCCGAAUUCCCCCCUGGCAUCGCAGCCCCUGCCACUGCACAGGGACCGGUGCAAGCGCCGGGGAAGCCUGCUGACCUGCCGCCAGGGAUUCACGUGUCCGACGUGCACACGGGCCCAGCCAUGCUGCCCGAAUCCGACCCUGGGAUGGUAGUCCCUGACCUUCAGGCAACACCUGCCACGCUUGCAAGCAGGCCAGGGCCUGGAGCUCAGGUGCCACUUUGA